AUGAACACCGCACGAUAUUAUCACACAGCAACCACAUUAACAAAUGGAUCAGUAUUGGUUACUGGUGGAGAUGGCGACAGUGGUUAUCUCAAUACCGCUGAAUUGUAUAAUCCAUCAACAGGCACUUGGACAACUACGGGAAGUAUGAAUGCCGCACGAGAGUGGCCCACAGCAUCCAUAUUAGCAAAUGGAUUAGUAUUAGUUGCUGGUGGAUAUGGCACCGGUAGUAGUUAUCUCAAUAGUGCAGAAUUGUACAAUCCAUCAACCGGUAAUUGGACAAUCACGGGAAACAUGAAUGCUCAACGAGAAUUUCACACAGCAUCCACAUUAGCAAAUGGGAAAGUAUUAGUUACUGGUGGAUACAACGCUGGUGGUUUUCUCAGUAUUGCUGAUUUGUAUAAUCCAUCAACAGGCACUUGGACAACCACAGGAAGCAUGAAUACCGCACGAUUGUAUGACACAGCAUGCACAUUAGCAAAUGGGUCCGUGUUAGUUACUGGUGGACAGAGCAGCAGUAGUAGUAGUAGUUAUCUCAAUAGUGCUGAAUUGUACAAUCCAUCAACAGGCACUUGGACAAUCACAGGAAGCAUGAAUGCCGUACGAUGUUAUCACACAGCAUCUACAUUAGCCAAUGGAUUAGUAUUAGUUGCUGGUGGAUAUGGCACUAGUAGUAGUUAUCUCAAUAGUGCUGAAUUAUACAAUCCAUCAACAGGCACUUGGACAAUCACAGGAAACAUGAGUUUUGCACGACGAUCUCAUAUAGCAUCCACAUUAUCAAACGGAUCAGUACUAGUUGCUGGUGGACAGACGAGCGGUGGUGGUUUUCUCAGUAGUGCUGAAUUGUACAAUCCAUCAACAGGGAUUUGGACAACCACAGGAAGCAUGAAUGCCGCACGUAUUGAUCACACAGCAUCCAUAUUAGCAAAUGGAUCAGUAUUAGUUGCUGCUGGAUUCAACGGCAGUGUUAAUCUCAAUAGUGUUGAAAUUUAUUAA